CUCCACAAUACCACGUACUUAACCCAUACGGCGCCAUAUUCACGGGUUUUGAAGGGUCGAGAUUGUCAAUAGAGCUUGAGCUGACUUGUACCGUACAUAAUCGGGAAGUACUAGUUAUAUUGAUAGGACCUGACUUCUUUUCCAAGUCAAAUGCUCGAGCAUCCAGCCGAGUAGAACAGAGCUGGAGCUGAUCUAUCCAAUACUCUUCCUGGGUAAUACGAAGCUCGAGCAAUGCUACCUGCUCAGGGAGUCCAUGAUAUGGGUCUAUCUGGACGACCCGAGGCUCACAUUCUCUCCAAGAGAUAUCUUCUGACGUGGUGUUCCAUGUUGCGGUCGUCUCCUGCAGCGACUCCCAGUUUUCUUGUUGGAACUCGAUUGGCCACGGAGAUUGACAUUGUCCCCUCAGAAGAUCCAAGUCCGGCUCGAAGGAGUAUUCAUUGACGUCAGCGAACAAGUCGGAGGAGUUGCAGAAUGCUUCUGAAAUGCUUCGCUAGAAAGAGCAGGUGCAAGCCAAUGUAGUUUCAUGAUCAGCUAGCAACUAGUCACCAGGAAAGAAUCUCUCACGGCUCGGCUUCACUCGUAACGAUACUAGCGCUCAAUAGUGUAGUGGCUCAAUAAAGUCUGACGGCGCAGUAAAGUAUGACGGCUCAGUAAAGUGUUGCUUCAAGAAUUCGUGCCUCUGUAGUCAUGUUGUCUAGAAGAUGGCGAUAAGCUCCUAGGUGGUACAAGAGUUUCUCAAAGAUUCAUAUGCAUGAUGCACUGUACUUU